AAAGGUAACGUUAAUGUAAAUGUCAACUACUUCAGGUAUAUCGAGCCGUUAUGACAUUUUUGAAUUCCUUAAGUCCCGUGGGAAGUUAUUGGAGUAUUAUUCAGAUGAACCGAUAAUGAAUUCACUAAUGAGAGUCUGUUUUUCUACUUAUGAGCAAAUAGAUUUGUAUAAACAGUUUCCGGAGGUUGUUGGCAUCGAUUCUACAUAUAACACAAAUAAAGGGAAGUAAGUUUAUUCAUUAAUUAAUCAACAUGCAGGUAUUCUUUGUUUCAAUUAGUUGUAACGGAUAAUUUUGGUCGUGGGAGACCGGUUCUAUUUGCUUGGACGCGAAAGGAAUUCAAGCGUGAUGUUGUUUGGAUUUUGGACUCGUUUCGUAGAAUAAUGGAAGACACCUCUAAAACAGAAACAUUCAUUAUGGAUUGUGUGCAAGCCGAAAUAGGAGCAGUGAAGUUAACACACAGAGAAGCGCACAUUGUUCUUUUUUCUUUUCAUGUUUGUCGUGCAUUUUGUCGUAAAGUAAAUUAUUUAAAAGCGUAAUUAAAAUUUCAAUUUUAGACGCGGAAUCCCAUUGUUAAGAACUACUUAUGUCGCUUAAUUCAGUGUAAAAGGAGAUCUGAGUAAUGCCUUUAAUAUUUUCAUUUUUCCAGAUUUAACUUCUAUUUCAGAGUUAUAAGCAGAUUGGAUGUUGGUGUUAGUCAGUAUUUACAACGUCGUUGGAUGAGUCGACGACACUUGUGGGCAGCAGCUUUCAGGGAACAUGUACUGACUUUGGGUAAUGAUACCAACAAUCGAGUAGAAAGUUCUCACAAGCAGAUGAAGCGGUACUUGCUUAGAUCAGAUAGUCUGCAUAAAAGCAUGCUGAAGGUUUACAAAUGGUUUCAACUAAGUAAUUCUAGAAUAGAGCAGGAGUCCAUGAUUGCUCAGUCGCGUUCCCUCAAGUAUUCAUGUUCCGAACGCAUAAUACCAAUUUUACGCCAGCUGACGCCAUACACUGCGAAGAAAGUGAUCGCUGAUUAUGCAAAGCGACGAUGGACUUCUUUUCAGUUUGAAGCUUUUGAUUAUAUCUUCUUGGAUGACAAUGGGAGACAAGUAGAGGUGGAUCUGCGCGCAUGCACAUGUACUUGUAUGACGUUCCAGACUUGUCGGUAUCCCUGUCGACACUUGCUGAUGGUGCAUUUAAAAACGGCGUGUUUCACAGUUAAUCAUGUGCUGCAGAAGUGUAAACGAUGGACAUGGUCUCGCCACUCGUACGCAAUUCCAAGCACGUCAGCAAUUGUGCCGCGAAAUCAAUGUGACUUAUACGUAACCAAUAGGAGGCUUAUUAAUGCGGGCCUGACGAGAAUUUGUGACAAAUAUGGACGGACGUUUGCCGCAGAGUUCGCUGGAGAAGUAGUCGCUCAAAUCAACAAUGUUCUUGAUGUGUAAA